CUUAAAAACGACAUUUUUAUUCCUCUCUUCUCCUGUGUCUAUAUAUAUAUAAAGUAAAAUACUUGUUCAUUUUUCAGUCACAAUAUAAUUAAUAUGGGAUCUUGCGCUAAAUGUUGGGGAAUAAUCAUAUCAAUAUUGGCUAUCAUAACAGCCGUGAUCGUUGUAUGCGUCUAUUUCACCAACCCAUCGGAUCCAUCAUUCACCAUCAAUGAUUUUUACGUUUCAGCCCUCAACCUAUCGGACAUUUCCUCCACCACCACCGCCGCCAAUCAGACCAUUUUCUUUGACAUGAGACUCCAUAACUCGAAUAAAGCCAUGGGAGCUUACUACGACCCUGUUAAAAUUACCUUUUUAUACAUCCCUAAUAUCAAGUUGACUUUUGUCGUUGGAGAAUACACAGUUCCAAAGUUUUAUCAACAUAAUCAGAAAAGCAUGUACGUGAGAGAAACGGUGGCCACUAGAGGCAUAGCACCCUAUAAUAGGAUGGUAACAUCCUCCGUAUUCAUAGUGAAGGUGUCCACCAAAGUCGGGUUUAAGUCACCAGCUUAUCGUAAGAAGGGGACAGUGGUUGUAGUGGCGAAUGUGAGGGUGGGACAAAAUGGAGAAAGAGAUUCAAAGAGAGGCAUUACACUCUUUGAAUCUGGUGUGGGUGAUCAUGGGCUUCGUUGUUUAGGCUUUCGAGUGAGUUUAUUGAUCCUUUCUACUGCCACCCUUUUGAUGAUUAUGUGAUUAUUUGGGAUGUAAAUACUUUGCUAAGAUAUCUAAGAAGAUUGAAAUCUAUAUAUAUCACCAUUGUAACCUGUAAACCAGUUCUUUAUUUCUGUUGUUUUGUGUGCAUAUAUAUCAUAGUGAUCAAGUGUAUCUUCCUUUGUUA